AUGACCCUAAAAGCUAAUAAUGCUACAUCUUAUAUAACCGCACCAAUUCUGUGGAUGAAUAGUAAUUGUAAAACGUAUUCAAACCGUACAGAAUAUGUUCUUGAAUUAAUGAAAUAUAUCGAUGUUGAUAGUUACGGGAAAUGUGGACGAAAUAAGAAAGAAUUGCCUAAGCAUAUCGCUAAAAUUCAAGGUACGGCAUCUUUAGAUGCGAAAAGAAGCAGUUACAAAUGGCAAGAAGGCAAAUUAGCACUGUCAAGUGAAUAUCUGUUCACCGUAGCUAUUGAAAAUAGUCUUUCGUAUGAUUAUAUAACAGAAAAAUUAUGGCAUCCACUACUCAGCGGCAGUGUACCCAUUUACCUUGGGGCACCGAAUGUGGAAGAUUGGCUACCAUGCGAAAGUUGUAUUAUUGAUCUACGAAAAUUCAAAACUCCAAAAGAUGCAGCACAUUAUCUAAAAAUGGUUUCAAUGAAUCGUACACUUUAUGAAAGUUUUCAUCAAUGGAGAAACGUGCCUAUAACAGAAAAGUUCCAAAAGAUACUGAAUUAUUUUCAGAAAGCUAAAGCCUAUAGUCUCGAUUGUAUUCUCUGUGAUAUGACCAAUAGAGUAAAUAGAGGAGAAAAACGAUACAACAUUAAAAGCCAAGUGUUGAAACAAUUAAACUUUUUUAAUCGUAGCACAGUCGUCUAA